AUGAAGGAGAUCUCACAGACCACAGAGAAGCUACGAUUGGAAAUAGUUGGCCGGUCCACACCGCAAAUUCCACUCGUGACUGUUAAAAUAGCCAAAAACGACUCGAUGAAAUCGAAAAUUUCAACACUUCUCAACUUGCUACUGCCCCCGGAGUCCAACUCUGUCUUGUUGGAAGGGUUUGCUCGAGAUAUAUCGAAAUUGAUUUCAGUUGUAGAGAUUGUGAAGCUGAAGCGACCGGGGUUGCGUCAGUAUAAUCGACUUUUGAAGUACCUGGAUGAAACGGACCCGUAUGCGAAGGAGGGGAAGCAGCAGCUGCAACGGCCGAUACAUGUUGUGGGAGGUGAUGACAUUGACGUGGAGGCUUCUGAAGCAAGUGCCGUGAACGACGAAGGAGCUGAAACUGGAGCUGAAGCUGAGGCUGACAGAGUUAGGCAAGUGGCACAGGAGGUUAAAGGUGCGAAAAUAUUCGACUUGCCUGUUCUAUACAUUCUACUAAGUCCCGUCCAAUUGGAUGAGUUUCUUGACGAAACUUGGACUGUGCAGAGCUGA